CAGUUGACAAAAGUGAAGAAACCCAAGAAAAAGCUUUAAUGUCUGGUGUAAUGCGCUAUAUCUUUAAACCAAUAAAAGCAGAAGAUUUCAUAGGUAUUUGGCAAUUUGCAGUAGUUGUAAUGAAAGGUAAGAUGCCAACUAUGACAAAAGUAGUUGGAGAUAUCAUUGAAGAUCACAAAGAAUUGUGUUGUGCAUCAUUUUCAAAAGAAGAUAAUAGGGAUGAGAAAAACAAUGAUGGCAAGGAACAUUUAUCGAUGAAUACUGUGAACGAGGAUGAACCUACUACCUCUAAGAAUACCAAAUUUGUUUGGACAAAAGACCUUCGAUAUCGAUUUGAGGAAGCCAUUAAUAUUCUUGGCCCAAAGAAUGUAAUUCCAACAAAAAUUGUUCAAGUCAUGAAUGUUGAAGGGUUAAAAAGGAGAAAUGUGGCAAGUCAUCUGCAGGUUUGUUACUUUCAUGGCAACUACUAAGUGUUUGUUUGUGGAUUCUUUUACCUCAACACAUGUUCAAUGAAGGAGAUUUUUUGGCUUUGACUAAACUUGUC